UUACAAUUUAAAAAACUCAAACAAAACAACAGCGAUUCGUCCAGUGCUACCGGCGAGGGCGACGUGAGGUGGGAGAAGAAGCCCGGCGAUCAGGUGAAAGAGGACGACGUGCUCUGCAAGAUCGAGACAGACAAGACUUCGGUUCCCGUAUCGUCGCCCGGGUCCGAUGUCGUAAAGGAGCUCUUCGUUAAGGACGGCGACACGGUGAAGCCGGGACAGAAGCUGUGCAGCAUCGACAUCGGCGCGACCGGCAUGGACGCGCCAGGCGCCACGAAGGUGCCGGUCGAGCGGGCGGAGGUGAAACCGGCGCCGGCACUGUACGCCCAUUGGAUAUCGCUCGAAAUUGAUAUGAGUCGCAUUAUGGAAUUCCGAAAGACGCACCAGGACUCGUUCAUGAAAAAGUACGGCGUCAAACUUGGGUUCAUGAGCCAUUUUGUCGUGGCCAGUGCCUACGCUUUGAAAGACCAGCCCGUGGUGAACGCCAUGAUAGACGGCACCAACAUCGUCUACAGAAAUUAUGUAAACAUUAACGUGGCGGUCGCGACGCCGAAGGGGCUCGUCUUGCCGGUUCUUGGCAGGGUGCAGAACAAAAACUUAGCCGAGAUCGAGAUCGCGCUGGCCGCCAUGGGCGAGAAGGCCAGGAAAGGGAAGAUCACCAUCAAGGACAUGAACCGCGGCACCUUCUCGAUAAGCAACGGCGGCGUUUUCGGCUCGUUCCAGAGCACCCCCCUCAUCAACCCGCCGCAGAGCGCGAUUCUCGGCAUGCACGGCGUCUUCGACAGACCGAUCGCCGUUAAGGGAGAGGUUGUUAUUCGGCCAAUGAUGUACGUGGCUCUUACGUACGAUCUUCGGCUGAACAACGGACGCGAGGCUGUCAUGUUCCUGAGAAAGAUCAAAGACGCCGUGGAGGAUCCUCGAGUUAUCUUGGCUGGCCUUGGCACGCCUGAAUGUCAGAAUAGCAUUCUAUCAUACAGAGGGCUAUAAAUAUAACACAAAAUGUACAAUAUGAUAAUAUUUGCGAUAACGUGAUAACAUUCUUAAUUGUUCCCCUGUACUGUUAUUUCCAUUUGCAGCAGCUAACUCGCACAAUCGGUGAGAAGAAUCGUCGUUGAGAUUGUCGGGAUCUCUCGUAUUAAUGCGGUUUCACGUGAACACAUUAUCAAGUUGCCAUUACUCGCAAUGUCCCUGAGUCGAGAUUACUGUGGGCAACACGAUAUUCACAUCGCACCUAA